GAAGUCAACAGCGGCUGAGUGUCUGCUGUGUUCCAGGUUGGCUGUCUGGUCUAUUGAGAAAAAGUGAAAAAUCCCUGGAAUGAAGAGGCCAAGAGGCCUGUGGCCUCCUCCUUCCGCCGCACCUGCUGAGGUUGGGAGGCAGUGGUACCCAGGACCAUCCAGCUGAGAUGGCCUCGUUAACGGAGGAUGUGGAGCAGGAGCUGAGCGCCACAGCCCAGCAAGUGCUGGGGAAACUGUGGAGCCACCAGCUGUUCCAGUCCAAGUGGGACACCGGUGCCUUCAUCAUCUUCCUCGUCUUCCUCGGCGUCGUGGCACUCCUGCUGCUGGUCGUCUGCAUCCAUUGCUGCUGCUGUGGCUGCUGCCAAAGCCGCUCCUCCAGGUCCCGGAAGAAACACUCCGUGGGAUUUGAUAACCUUGCCCUGGAGCCUUAAUGCGGAGAGUCCUUGCUCCCCUGCCUUUGUCCUGCUGGGCAGCAAUAACAACGCCUUGUUCAGCCAAA